AAACGAAUGACACAGCUUUGGUGGGAACCGUUGGAUCGUAACUAACGCUAGAGAAGCACUCCGAAGACCUGCUCUCCUUCGUUCUGUUUGUUGUUUUUCUUCUCCCGUCCGCAGUCCGCUUGGCGUGCGCGACGGCUAGGGCGACCGCCGCCGCCCUACGCCCUACGUCCAGCUGCCCAUGUCUUCUUCGGGCCCCUUGCCGGCGGGAACUCACCAGACCAGGAAUCGUGCUGGCAACCGGCGCAAGUCUGGAGAUAGGGCUGAUAAAGCUAAUUACUCCUACAAUAAUGAUGGAGAGAAGAGCAAUGUUCCUUCAUUAAAGAACCUUCCUCCAAUUGUUCAUCAUGAAACAUUCUUCAGCAAUGUUCAGAAUGACUACAAUCAAACAGGAUUAGUGCCUUUGGAGGGAUGUUCUGCCAGUGAGGCUUCACAGCUUCUCAGUGAUCGCUGGACUGCUGCAAUCAACAUGUACAAUGACCAAACAAUUGACCCCUCAGAGAAACCGGUAAUGUAUUCUGGAUCUAGCAGCUCAUCAUGGGGUCACCUGAAGCUUCCUCAUCAGAUGAACUUCCUCGAGGAGUUGCGCCGUGCAGUGGACGCUCAUACAGAAUUUGCGUCGCCUGUCGUCACCUGGAACUAAUCGAAGUCAGCAUCUGCAUCAUUAUGCGUUAUGACUAAUUUUCGAAGUCAGCAUCUGCAUCAUUAUGCGUUAUGACUAAUUUAUGGAAGGCAGGCUGUUCGCCAGGUCUAUGUAUGAUGUAUCCCAUACACGGAUGAUGUGCCAAAAGGCUUUCGUCUGACCUGCAGCUGCUUCUGGAAUCUGCAUCUGUACAAUUGUACCAUUGUUACCCCUGGCCUUGUAGCUGCAAAGCAGUUUGUUGUAACAAUUAAAUGAGGCGCCGGAUCCUCACGCCAUCGAAAGUUUGAAACAGCUUGGUUGUUGUAUGGUAGUUCCAAGACUUGGUGAUUAUAAUGUGCGCAUUUUCUCGACCUGGAGUUUUAGAAUAUGUAGAAGGUAAUGCUUAUUGAAAACCUCAGCUUUUAACUUCAA